AGACACCAGGGCGGCGAGGCUGGUCGGAGUGCGCAGUGGAUGCCGAGGGACACAAACGUCGUUUGUUAUCGUUAUGAGUAUCUUAUUUAGCUGCAGUCACCGCACUUGAAUGAAUGCAUGCUUUGUCAUCAACUGAAGCCCCCCCCCCCCCCCCCCGUGUUCUGUGAUAGUGGGAAUAAGGAGCUUUUGAUAUUUUUGCAGCAUCUCUAGUGCGGACAAAUUGUUGCACCAGAUGCAACGUUUUCUCAGUUCAGUUUCGUCGGCCCUCGUCUUUCGGUGCAGAAGUCUAAUCACCCUAAAUCAGCAGUAAUUCUGCAGGGAAGCAUCAUGCUGACCAGCAUCACUGAAGGUAUACUGUGUUGCCUGACUGGGAAGGUUGCCGGUCUGGUCUUGUCCCUGGAGUCCACAGAACCCUCUGAUGGUUUUGAGUUUGUGGAGGUGAAACCUGGCAGAGUCCUGCGAGUGCGGCACAUCGUCCCUGAGCGUCAGCCUGUAGUAACCGAGGGGCAAGUUGCAGGCAACGAAAAGAAGGAUGCCGAAGAUGAUGAUGAUGAUGACGAUGAUGGCGGUGGUGGUGGUUCUGCUCAUGAUUGCAACGACAGCAACACCGGCAGCAGUGUCCACUGCAAGAGGAAGAUCACGGUCUACCGAAACGGCCAGCUGGUGAUCGAGAAUCUCGGUGAUGUUUUGCACUCUGAGAUCUUGCAGUGUCGGGACGGGGAUCUGGAGCCUUGCAGCACUGUAGAGGUGGAGCUGGCUGACUACAAAGAAAUGCCCUCUUCUCCAGACCCCAAACCUGUCACACCUCCAGUUCCUCCACCUCUCGGAGAACAGAAACCGGCUCCGCCUCCUCGCCGCCGCCGCCGCAAGCCCAAGCGCACCGUGCAAAUCGACUCAAAGAGGGUGAUCUCAAGCUGCAAAGGGACGCACUCGGACGUAGCGCUGUUCUUCGUACACGGAGUGGGCGGUUCUCUGGAUAUUUGGGGCAGCCAACUGGACUUCUUCUCUCGGCUGGGCUAUGAGGUCAUCGCGCCCGACCUGGCGGGGCAUGGAGCCAGCACUGCCCCACAGAUUGCAGCAGCUUAUACUUUUUAUGCUCUUGCGGAGGACCUUCGUGCCAUCUUUAAGAGAUACGCUCGUAAGCGCAACAUCCUCAUUGGCCACUCGUACGGGGUCUCAUUUUGCACCUUCUUGGCACAUGAAUAUCCAGAUCUGGUCCAUAAGGUGGUGAUGAUCAAUGGAGGGGGUCCCACAGCUCUGGAGCCCAGCCUGUGUUCCAUCUUCCAGCUGCCAUCGUGUGUCCUUCACUGUCUCUCACCUUGUCUGGCCUGGAGCUUCCUCAAGGCCGGAUUCGCCCGUCAGGGUACCAAAGAAAAGCAGCUGUUGAAGCAGGGCAAUGCCUUUAACGUGUCUCCGUUCGUCCUGCGAGCCAUGAUGAGUGGCCAGUACUGGCCUGAGGGGGACGAGGUCUACCAUGCCGAGCUCACUGUGCCUAUCCUUCUGGUCCAUGGCAUGUGUGACAAGUUUGUGCCCAUGGAUGAAGACCAGCGCAUGGCAGAGAUCCUUCUGUUUGCGUUCCUGAAAGUCAUAGAGGAGGGAAGUCACAUGGUCAUGAUGGAGUGCCCUGACACCGUCAACACCCUCCUCCACGAGUUCUUUCUAUGGGAGCCCGACAUGUCCAGAAAAGACCGCAUCAAGACAGCCACAGCUCUCGGUGACACUCUGCACACACUCAAAGUGAAUAAGCCUGUGGAAAAAUAACCAACGAGGAGUCUAGUUUUAUUACACAACCAAGCAGAAGGCCUUUUGUGGCUGGUGUUCUUAGGGCUGCUACCAGGCUGAGAGCUGUUGUAAACAGGGCCUCAUCUUAAGGAUGCAAAUGGCCACUGGUGCUGCAAGAUAAAGCGGGAUAUAGGGAACAAGGGAACGAUGGAAAACACAUAAAGAUGAGAAGAAUGGAUGCAUAUACAGUCGGUUUCUGCUUCGCUUUUUGAUACCAGAUCUGCAAAAUGACCCAAAACCUGGAGGACUAUGUCCAUUCGUGAUAUGUGUUUGAAAUGUAUAUGGCAAAGACUACUGCACGAUGCAAAAAGCUAAAAUCCAUGAAAUGGUGUGGGAAUUCCUCUAUUUUAAAUAUUCUGUAAAGUACUGCAGAGGUUCUGUUCAACCUUUACAAAAUGUUUAUUAACUCAUCUGCUUUCGGUGGGAAACUGUCAAAAUGAUGUGCUGUGAAAUGAGGAAUUGCGGAUUUGAUUGCUGAUUUGCCGGUACAGUGAAGGACAGCUUACAGUAAAAAGUGUUGAUAAUAAUAAUGUAUUAUCAAAUACGGACUGGGUAAGAGAGGGUCGUGUGUUAAAAUAUUAGAUAUAUACUGAAAAUAUCAUUAAUAAUUUCACCACAUGCAUAUAUAUAUACAUAUAUAUGACUCCUUAACUGCAAUCCAUGGUUAUGAUGACCACAUUCAUACAAGGUGAUGUCUACAAAAUUGAACAAAAGUUGGUUCACCUAUUCCAAAAUAACAUCAAUAUAUUUUCUGUAUAUUGAAUAAUAUCAAAUUUAAAUCUAAAAAGCUAUGUGUGUCUUUGUUAAGCACAAUGUUACCAAUUUAUCGUUUCACUGUUGCAUGAAAAUUAAGUCAUAUUUAAUGAGUUUUAUGUGAACUGGAUGCCAAAAUGUUCUCCUCUUUUAUUUUGGCAGACAUUUCUUCAAUGUUAUGUAAUAUCCUAAGGACACAAAGGCUGUGUUUAAGUUCGCAAUAUGUAAAGGAAGGAGGGUUUGGUCAGACAGCAAUAUAUUUUCAUAUUGAAAAAUUCCUUGUGCACUUCUCUUUAAUCAAAUGACUGUUCCUUUUGAUGUAUAAGUAUUUUUUUGCUUUUAUUUUGAAAAAGUAGCAACUGCCAUUACAAAUUGUGGUUGUGUUGAUCGCUUGAAGCUGCUGGGUUUGUUGCCCUAUCUAUUCAUUUCAUGGUAUCAGGCAGAAAUAAUGAGCUCAACAUUAUGCUCACUAAAAAGAUUCACUGAUGGGUUCUGCUGUCUCACAGUGGGACAAUUAGUUUCAAGGCAAGGCAAGUUUCUUUGUACAGCACAUUUCAACAACAAGGCAAUCAAAUGUGCAACAAAACAUGGGGCAAGAGAAAAAUCCAUUUUAAAAAACAGGUGCAAGUAAAAGUACAGUCAGCAGCAGAUAUGUUUCCCGAGUACGUAUUUGAUGACUGGAGAGUUUAUGCUGUUAUGAGAAGCAGAAGAUGUAGAUCUAAGACUGGGAUGUAGAAAGCCUAAAAUCAAAUAUGAGUAAGCCAAAGCAGGAAGUCCCCUAAAAAGAGAGGCAUUUUUACUGACCAUGGUGGUCUAUUAUAUAUGCAUUUUGACAGAAUGCUGAUGCAACAUUACUGGUUUUAUGCAACUGGAAUAAAAUAGAGAGAAAUAGAAUAGAAAUAAACUGACUUGGCAUCUUAACAUUAUACAUUCCCUGUGGACCUUCCAAAAAACAACCCGUGCUCCUGAUGCAAUGUCCUGUAUGUCUCUUUUUAUGUAAAAGGUCGGUGUAACUGUAUGGACAACAGGGUGCACAUGUACUUCCUCUUAUGCUAAAAGUGUGCAUAUACAAAUGGUCAGUGCUCAUGUGUGCUAUAUCUUUUGUGGUUAACUAAAUGUGUCAAUGUUAUUGUUGCAUUUAUUUAUGGACAACUUAAUAUAUGCACUGCCUGAAUGUUGAUGCAUAUAAAGUUAUAUAUACAAUAAAGUUGAAUUCAGUAUGUGCAUUUCCUGUCAUUAAAUAAAACAAAUGUUCACGGUCUG